AUGAGCAUCCACCUCGACGAUGGGUCCCGCGACGACUUUGCUGGACAAUCCCACGAGUUAACCGACUUGACAGGCCUGCUCAACAGGAAUGUGAAUGAUUUUCAAGAGCCAACCCCUGAGACCGAAACUCGGUCAGAGCAAGGAGCUUCCUCGACAACCAAACGCUUCAUCGGGUGGCGCGUUGGCGCAUCAUACUUUGCUCUAGGCGCGCUCAUAUCCCUCAUACUUCACAUUAUACUCGCCAUCUGGAUCCCUACACUCGAUUCUUUCUACAAUGGGAUCAGCAUUCUAUGGACUGGUAACUGCCGAACAGCAGGGUCAACUGCCGUCGCCACCUUGCUCAUCGGUGGGAGUAACUAUUGCAUGCAGUGCUUGACGGCUCCGACACGCAAGGAUUUGCAGAUGGCGCAUAAUAAGGGCAUCUGGCUUGAUGUUGGUGUACAAAGCAUUCGUAACCUCAAGAUCAUCAAGGGGAUGUGUUUCGGUUCCAGCCCUCCUCCCAGCGCUCCCAGUCGCCUUUGCUACAAGUAUAUCCCCUACUUAGCCAAAGAACCCUCGGGUUGGGCACCGUGUUCUCUCCUAGUAAAGUAUUGUCACAGCGAGAUGGUUGAAGAAAACUGGGCCCUCAACACCAACCAACCCAUCGUGAUUGUCAUCAUUAUCUGCAACUCGAUCAAGCUGAUAAUCAUUACAACGAUGGUGUUUUGGGUCAAGGGGUGGCCAAUCAUCACCCUGGGAGACGCCAUUCAAUCAUUUCUUAACGAGCCCGGUCCAACCACCGAGGGUCUCUGCUUACUCUCCAAAGCCGCUGUGACGAACCAAUCCCCAUCCUGGCCUAAGAACAAGCCGACAGAUGAUCCCGAUCCUGCCAUGGCUGGAAGAAGAUGUCACCGAUGGUCAGACGCAGCCAGCACUAGGAGAUGGUUUUAUGCCCUCACGAUUCUCGGAACAUCGUUGAUGGGGAUGAUCAUCUUCUUCGGCCUAAGCAUCGACUUGAUUAAAGACAACAACAUAGUCAAUCCCUUCUCCAUUGGAUUUGGAUCCGUGGAUGCAGCAGCCGUUGUGACAUACCGCUCAGUUCCAACCUCGACGAAAUACCGAUAUCGCAUCCUAGCAGCCGUGGUUGUCGCUAACCUCCCGCAAAUGAUCUUUUCGGUCAUCACAUUCUCACUCAACAAUCUCUUAACAGUCAUCUAUACGGCCCAAGAAUGGGAGGGCUUCUCAAGACAUAGGAAGACACUACGAGUAUCAGAGCCAAAAGGCGAGCAGAAAAGCACAUACUUUCUUCAACUGCCAUACCGAAUCGCGCUCCCUUUCAAUGUUGCCACUGGUGUGAUCUCAUGGCUCUUGUCUAACAGCAUAUUCCCCAUUAUCAUCUCCAGCUACGAUUCUCUUGGCAAGGGGGUGGAGGGUUAG